GUUCUGUGCAUCCGUGCCCGCAGUUGCCCGCGGCGAUGGCGUAGAGCAUCGAGAAGUUUCCCGGAGUUGUUGCGAUGUCGCGGACAGCCGCAUUUGGAGUGUGCGUCGGUACAGUAGUUCGCCUUUUCCUCUUAUACAGUUCUAGCUCAUGCAAAUUACCCGCUGGUGUUUCGGCUAGUCGCAAAACUAGUUUUCCUGCUUUCGCUUAGUACGCCGGGUGUUUCCGACUCACGUUAGUUCGUCGCUCUGUCGGCGUGGUGCGAAUUCCGAAACUUGGACACGAGUGAUGAUGGAGUGUCAGCUGCAUCCCCUGGGAUCAGCCGAGGAGCGCUAAGUACUGUACGUGUCGCCGAAGCCGCGUUGUUGGUUGCUGAACUCUCCUGCUUGGUGGAUAACAAGGACUCGCUCGUCGGAUUUUUUUUCUCUUCUCUCAGCAGUCGUCGAAGACAUCCUCCACUCCUGCUCGACAAAGCACAAAUUCAGCACAUCAUACCACCCACAGACCAACGGCCUCACGGAGUGCCUCAACAGGGCCAUCACUGGCAUGCUUUCGAACUGCGUCCAGCCAUGUUGCGUCGGUUCUUUCAAGUGGGUGCCCUGGCUGGCACCACUGGUGCCACCUAUCUGGCACUGCGCAACAACCAGUGGGAUGUCUCCAACAUCGGCAUUGUGCGCUUUGGACGCGCUGCAGCCACGGUGUCCAGGAUAGCAUACGACUACAAGAUGGCCACCCUGGGAAUGGACCAGGACUCUGAGGAAUACGCCAAGGCACGCUCUGAGGUGCACCAGCGGUCAGCAGAGCGGCUUCUGCGGCUUUGCUGCAUCAACGGCGGUGCCUUUGUCAAGGUAGGCCAGCACGUGGGCGCCCUGGACUACCUGCUGCCGGAGGAGUACGUCCGCACCCUGAGGGUGCUGCACAGCAAGGCACCAGCCUCUCCACUCCACAGCAUCCUCCAGGUUCUCCGCGAGGACCUCGGGCAAGACCCGGAGGAAGUGUUCUCCACUUUCUCGGAGCAGCCCAUCGGGGCUGCAUCCCUGGCUCAGGUCCACCAAGCCACCCUGCGUUCGUCUGGUGAGACGGUGGCUGUCAAAGUGCAACACCCUUCUGUGCUGGGAAACUCCCUCGUCGAUAUGGCCACCAUGGAGCUGCUGGUGAACAUUGUGGCCAAGAUCUUCCCAGAGUUCUCGCUCAUGUGGCUGGCAGAGGAGACCAAGCGUAACCUUCCACUGGAGCUGGACUUUGUCAAUGAGGCACACAACACGGAGCGAGUUCAUCGCAUGUUCGCCCACUUCCCCUGGCUCGAGGUGCCCGAAAUCCACUGGGACCUGACUACGAGGCGUGUUAUGACCAUGCAGUUCUGCGAGGGUGGCCAGGUCAACGACAAGGCCUACAUGGAGAAAAAUGGCAUAUCGCCUAUGGAGGUGUCCAACCGGCUGGGUCAGCUGUACAGUGAAAUGAUCUUUGUGCAAGGCUACGUGCACUGUGACCCCCACCCGGGAAACUUGCUGGUGCGACAGGGCGACACAGGACCAAUGCUGGUGCUGCUGGAUCACGGGCUGUACACGGAGUUGACGGACCAGUUUCGGCUGCAGUAUGCCAACCUGUGGCUAUCCCUGAUCCGGCGGGACCUUGAGUCACUGAAGCACUGGGGCAACCAGCUGGGCGUCUCUGGCGAGCUUUACAAGAUCUUGUCGUGCAUUGUGUCGGGCCGCUCGUGGAAGUCCAUCACUCAGGGCAUCGACCGCCAGAAACAGACCCAGGCAGAGGGUUCUGAAAUCAAGGAGUUUGCGAGCCAGCACUUCCCACUUAUCUCCCAGAUCCUGGGAAUGGUCCCUCGGCAGAUGCUGCUCAUCUUCAAGACCAACGACCUGCUGAGAGGCAUCGAGACCAGCCUUGGGACACGAGGAGCAGCACGGUCAUUCAUCACCAUGUCUCGGUGCUGUGUGCGUGCUGUCUACGAGGACCAGCUCAAGCACUGUGCCAACUGGUGGAGCAGAAUGGUGGUGGUGGUACGUGCCUGCUUCGCACAGUCGGCCAUCACCAUGUACCAGACGUACCUUUGGCUCAGGACUAGACCGCUCGUUGGGAGGCUGUUCAGGUCGAGGGACUUGGUGUGAGGCUCGAGUGGAGCACGUGCGAGUUCUGCGACUGCCGGCCUGACCAGUUUGGUCUGGAUUUUCCAGGGUCAGCAUGAGAAACUGAGAACAAGGAAGAAUGUGUGUCCCCUGGGAAAACAUCAAGAACUUGGGUAUUUGGACCCUGAGGCCCGUGCACUUAUCAUAGGACACCUAGAAACAUGAUAUAUUUUCUGUUCAAGAAUCUCGUCACAUCUGUUGUUACUGUGGUUGGUGCUGGUAUGAAGCAGAGACUUGCUAAGAAAUGCAAGGAGUGUGGACGUGCUUAAGACUGUUAGUGAAAUCACACGUUCGACUCAAAAGCGGUGCACUGGAAUGGGAAAGCUCAAAACAGGGAACACUAUUGUGCUUUGUAUCAAAAUGUCAGGAGGUUCAUUCACCUCUUUUUCUGUAUUUAGUGUACUGAACUCUUGUCACAGUUUGCGCUGGGUCGCAACAAUGUGUGAAACACAUUUACUUUAGUGCCUUGGUUGCAUGGCUCUAAAGCACUAGGUUUGAACUUUCUGGAGUGGCUUUGCAAAGACAUCGCAAGGCCUGCAUGCUCAUGUUGCAGAGGGCUGCUGUUCUCAGGCAAGAAGUGUUUGUCACACGAAGAAAAAUGUGCACUUGUCAUCUUCUUGUCUGAUACCAUUGUCCUCUUGUCGCUAACUGUUGCUUUUUCUUUUACAUUUUCUUGAACUAGCUUUCAAUUUAAUUUCAGGCAGUGUUGCUUCACACUACAGGAAAAAGAGCGUAUACAAAAUAUGUGUGUUUUACUAGUUUCGUUCAGGGUUAGUUGGCUGAGACAUAAGGCUCAAGGAAGUAACCCUGGGACUUGAUAUUUUUUUUACUGUGCUGUUUACAAGUAUCUCCAUGCCAACAUAGAUUUAAGUGCCUUCACCCUUUUUUUUGGUGCUAGAAGCUCUAGACUAUUGAAAUGCUAUGAAAAUACAGUCCUCAAACUACCUUUACUCCGUGUAUGUUUUAUGGCUUGAUUGAGAGUGAACAUAUCAGAAAACGGAAUCACACUGGAAGUUAUGUACAAUGCAGUCCGUUUAUAACAAUACCACAUAUAACAAUAUGUUGGUCAUAACAAUGAGUAGACCUAAAUGAGGCAUGACACGGUCAGCCAGCAAUUGCGGUUCUCCAUGAGAAAUUGUAGUAGAGGGUCUAUUAUGGCUAUACACGUGUAAAUGCUGCAUAGUAAAAGCCCAUUUCUGUCGAAAAUAUAAGCUAGAACUCGCCCGCUCUAAGCCCUGCCCUCCGGGGCCAACUGCCAUAUUUCCAUGCCAUGUGUGACAUCAUGUGCUGCAUGCAACUAAGCCACAGUGUACUAGAAGGGGCAGUGCAGUGGGCGGCACUCUCCAUGUCGCUCUGGCAGUGUCGCCAGUAGCAGCGGCGCUGCAAUCACCCACUCUUGAAAAGAAGCAGAGAAAACGGUGACAUCCACUGCAACGCACAUAUAUGUUUGGCACGCGCAGGAGAUUUGGUUCAGAUUUUUACACAUAAGCACUUCAUUUGCUUAGUCUCUAUUAUCUGCUUAUGAUGAGAAAAUAAAAUGUGUGUUGUUUAUUUGCCACAGAUGCAAAAAUGGUCUCUGAAAUAGCUACAGCGCGUCUGUCCUCGCUGCAAGAAUCUAGCCACGCUCUCGAGAACACGGGCAUUUUCAAGCGCAAUUGAGUAUCAUCCAGGUGAACUUUUUCAACAUGGUAGAAAAUUAUCACUUCUACACAUUCAGCAAUCAGGAUCGAGUUUGUUUAGCUUACAGAGCUUGAGGGCGAAUGGCAGUCUAUACGAUCGCAAGUGGGCACAUUUUUAUCGUACAUAAUUGCAACCGAGUGGCUGCGUACACGACAAGGGAAUUAAACAUAGCUAGUCCUUGCAACAUUGAAAGUAAAUAUAAUUUAAGCAGUUACAUUGUAUGCCCAUUCUCACCUUGGCACACCUUUUAACAGCACAUAAAAUGGUGCUCUCGAAGAAAAAGAACUCCACAAAGGAGUAACAUAGAGCAGAAUCAGCUGGACUCAUUGCUGCUGAAGCUAGUUGAAGUGCUCACGAAUUGAAAAGCAGCCGAGAAAAUGUGCAUGCAUGUGUGAAAGUAGUCACAUACGCGGAAGUCAUUUAUUCUGGAAAGGACACUGAAAUUAAACUGCAGAAAUCAUGUCAUGCCUGCAGAAUAAACACGAAUGAGCAGAUGGAAAGCACUAGCACAACAGUGAUGCCGGAAGCCAAAUGCCAGCUUCGCGAAAAUGACAAAGCAGCUAUACUUGCUUUAUUUAUGGCGACCAUGCUUUGGUGAGCAGGUUAACAGAGUACAGCAUUUCACAAAAAGGGCACAAGCUCAUGAUCUGUGCAAUAUAUAACUAAAUGCUCACUAUGCAGGCAUCGCAGAGUAUGGAAACGCACACAGGAGGUGGUAUAAGGCGUAGAACAUCGAUAUCUGGAAAAGUUUUCCACACUAAUGCUAUGACAGCAUUGCUGUGGUAAUGGGUACAAGAGCAAAUGAAGUACAAUACAGGAGUGCCACUGCUUGCAUUGCUUCAGCAAAUCCUAGCCCCGUAACAACGAAACUAAGUUUAAAUUAGGAGUUACAUUGUACGCUCGAUCGUUCUCCUUUUGGCACACCUUUCAACAGCGCAUUAGCUAUGCUACGCCCUUAAAGAAAAAGUCGCAGUCUUGCCUGAAUGGUGAAGCAUCGAUUGUGAUAGCAAAUUAGUGGACAUCUAUAUGAAAUAAGAAUAGUAGUUUUAUUGGCUGUAUAAACUUGUGGACAUAGGCAUACUAACUGAAUUAACAAGCAUGGUGUCGCACGCACAACCAAACAUGAAUACAUCACUUGAUGACCGCGGUAACUCACGGUCAAAACACUAGCGUGAGGAAAUGCAGCAGCAGGAGCGAAUGAAGUGACAUUCGUGCUGUCUAUCGCUUCAACGCAAUGUGAGCACAGAGAACACACAGCACGCACAAAGCCACGAGUCGCCGAUGCACCUGGACUCUGUCCCCAGCGCAGAUUGCUCUGAAGAUCUGGUCGCGCAAACACGCGCAGCUCUCCAGACGUGAAGUUGCAGCCAGAGUAAAAUGCUGCCCCACCUGCCUCUCAUCCCCUCGAUGCCUUGCACGCAACUGAAGACGGCACGCUUCCUCCCCACUUUUGUCUGUUUCGCACAGGCGAAAUUGAACCCUGAUUUUCGGCUUCCUGUGCACGCUUUCACUCACACAUAGAGCUUAACGCGCACGGCGACGCCAACAACAGAAAUGCAUUGGAGUCUCCAUAUAAUUGCUAUCGCAAUAAAAAAAAACUGCACAAACGAAUAAUGUUGCACAGAAUCAUCCGAACUCGUUGCUGCUGACAAGAGUUAAAACGUUCACGAAUUGAAAGGCAGCAUACAUUCAUAAAAAGCUGGCGAAACACCACCUAAUAGGCGCUUUCUAGCCACACAACAGGCAACUGCAUGUAAGAGUGAGCAAUUGCAGCACUGCCGCUCCAUUCACCACCGGCGGCGUUAGAUGCCCCUAUGCGUCGCUGCCUCCGCGCUCUACACUGUCCCUUUCUAGUCCACCGUAACCGAGCCACCGUCUGCUACAGAAACAGCCACUCCACUAUGUGAGGUCGGAGCAUUGCUGCUGUUUGUUGCCGUAUUUGCUCGAAAUAUCGCGGGCCAUGUCUUUGACAUUGCCAACCUCGAGUGAAGGAGUGAGCAACGAAUGUUUGAGCAGCAAAAGCAGCCAUAGCAUUGUAUACGCUGCGCAUUUUGACGUGGUGAACAUAGAUGGAGACAUUGGUGUUGCACGAAAUGCUGCUGAUGCCCCUCGGCACUCUUGUGAUAGCUUUAUUUCAUAUCGUAUACGCGCUGCUUAGCCAGCCGUUCAUGGGAGAUGAUCGAAGUCUGGCGCUACUUAACAUAAUGCAAAUUGUUAUGUCCGUAGAUUGUUUGCUCGCAUGCAUUCCAUGCAUGCAUGCCUCUCAGAUCCAUACUCAAUAAAACUACGAUUUUGUUAAGCUGCU